UGUGCUUUGGGCUCCGAAAGGACGGGCCGACGUUCAAAUCUCUCGUAUGUCUCUCCGCGCCUUAUGGCAGCGCAUGCCAUGGAGGUUGCGCUGUCAAAACUCUCCGCGUAGUGUGACGGGAAACAACAGCGCUAUCGCUGGGACGUGCUGCUGAUGCUUGUGCCGAUGCGAAGAUUCUACCCUUUUUGUAUACUGAAAAAUCUGAAAAGGCUUCAGCUCAAGGAUUGCCAGGACUCAGAUGGAACCAGUCACAGAUACAUAGCAUCGAUCCACUCAGAAUCCGACAAUUCAGUGAUGAAGCCACCAAGCACAGUUCAAUUCAGGCGUUUAAGUUCGGACGCAAGACACGCGGAGUUGAGCUGCAAUGCUACGGCUGCUACGGCCAGUGCCACCAGUGCCGCCAGUGCCGCCAGUGCUAGUUUACGCUCUUCUCAGUGGCAGCAAACCAUUGCUAUUCUGUCGGUCAGUGCAAGUGAUGCGCAGGGGGAAAGCGCAGGGCACAUGGUGAACGCGGUGAACAUGGUGAAAGCAGUGAACAUGGUCAUCAGCGCUUGGGCACGUGGAAGUCACUGGCUACAAAGCCUUGCGAAUCUGCGGCGCAUGCAGCAUGCCCAAGUGCAACCAGACACGGUCAGUUUCAACGCGUGUUUGAACGCGCUGGAAAGGUCUAGCAAAUGGCAGCACUGUUUGGCACUGUUUGAUGAGAUGAAGACACAGCAUGCAGAAAGUGCAGAACGUGCAGAACGUGCAGAUGCAGAAAAGGAAUGUGCAGAAUGCCUAGAGUCUCCGGAGUCUCCGGAGUCUCCAGAGCUCCAGAUUUCCCUAGCGCCCACAUUGGGUUCCUGCCACGACACCCGGAGUUUCAGCACGACGAUCUCGGCUUGUGCCAAGGGCGGAGACUGGAAACGCUCUCUGCAGCUUUUUACCCAAAUGCAACGCUGGAGCAUCAUCCCUGACCGCCAUUGCCAUACUGCACUCCUGAGUUCGUUCCAGAGAGGCAAAGCCUGGCGACUCGGAUUGGAACACAUUUUGAAACCCACGUGGCAUGCCACGUUUGGUUCGUGGAAUGCCUUGAAUGAGUUGGAUGGCAUCGGCUAUGACACGAGCUUGAGUCUUUGUGAGGCAGGUGCUUGGCAAGAGGCUUUGGUCAUACUGGGUCGGAUGCGGAAGCAAAACUUAGAGCCGAGCAUCGCAGGUCUUUUCAGUUUGGUGAAAACCAUCCAAAAUGCAAAAUGUCAGCAAGACCAGCAAGACACAGAUGCGACUUCUCCGAACUAUCCAAACUAUGGUCAGUUCAGAGCAUUGAAUCCAAGUUUUGUGUGGGCCAAGGCGUUGAAUUCAGCUGUCGAAGGCAUACAAACAGAUGUGCAAUCAACACUCCAAGGCCUCCACAGAAACAUUUACAGCAAAGCAAUUGCUGUGCUUCGUCAGAUUCAAGACCAACAAGCUUCUGGAAAACGAAAAAGCACAGCGACAAACUCGCAAAUUGUGCAUGUUGUUCGGGCUUUAGAUCUGGAAAACGAAGGAGGUUUGGAUGGUUUGGGAGAAGAGUUGCUGGAAGUGUUCCGAGAAGUUGUUGUGACGCCCGUGACGCCCGUCUUGAAAACACUUCAGACAGCUACGUCUGCGACGUCCGCGACGUCCGCGACGUCAGAAAUGGACAUUCUCGGUGAAAUCCAUGGACUCGGAGUUCACUUCACGCACGAGGUUCUGAAAGAAUUGGGGAUAGCCGCAAACAACAGCAGUAGCGAGUGGCUUUCCACCGCGCAGUCUGCUCUCAUCGCAGCCCUGGGCAAGUCAAACGUUCCUGAAGAACCAUCCGCCAGACAUUUGCUCAGCUGGGUGUCAUACUUGGUCGACCCGAAAAACACAGAGCAGCUCGAAGACAAGG